CCGGCCAUGCUGCUGUCGGAGAGCAAGGGAGGCGAGGAGAAGCAAGAGGUGCCCAUGGAGCAGUCGGAGCCCCCCCGGCCCGAGAGCGAGGCCCCCGAGGCUGGCCCCGACGACCACCCUUCUGCCGAGACCGGCGGCCCCGAUGCGGCCCCCGAAGACGAGGAGAAGAAAGAGGGUUCAACCCAGCCUAAGGCCUUCAUGCGAAAGAUCUCUGUUGUCUCGUCGGCCGUGGCCAAGGGGACGCCGGCGACAAACAGCGACACGGAGGGGAGCCAGCCAGGAGGCCGGAAACGGCGCUGGGGGGCCAGCACGGCCGCCACGCAGAAGAAACCUUCCAUCAGCAUCACCACGGAGUCCCUCAAGAGUCUGAUCCCAGAGAUCAAGCCGCCGCCAGGGGGCCAGGAAGUGGUGGUGGACCUUCACGCCGACGACUCGCGCAUCUCGGAAGAUGAAGCCGAGAGGCACACGGAGGAGCCGGCCCAUGAGAAAGCCCUCAAGAUCUGUCGCACUGUGACCCAGGUGGUGCCAGCGGAGGGCCAGGAGAAUGGUCAAGGAGAGGAGGAGGAAGAGGAGGAGAAGCCCCGUGAGGAGGAGCAGCCAGAGGCCCCUCCUGUCGUUGCCGUGGAGACGGUCCUGCCGCCACCUGUAGAACAUGAAGUGAAAAAAGUCACGCUGAGCGACACGCUGACAAGGCGGUCCAUCAGCCAGCAGCGCUCGGGCGUCUCGAUCACCAUCGACGACCCCGUCCGCACGGCCCAGGUUCCCUCUCCUCCACGCGGUAAGGUCACCAACAUCGUCCACAUCUGCAACUUGGUGAGGCCCUUCACUCUGGGGCAGCUGAAAGAGUUGCUGGGCCGGACAGGUAGCUUGGUGGAGGAAGCCUUCUGGAUCGACAAGAUCAAAUCCCACUGCUACGUCACGUACUCAACAGUGGACGAAGCCCUCGCAACACGCAAUGCCCUCCACGGCGUCAAGUGGCCACAGUCGAACCCCAAGUUUUUAUCAGCUGACUUUGCGGAACAAGAUGAGCUGGAUUUCCACCGGGGCCUGCUGGCCGAGCGUCCCGCCGAAGCCAAGGCGGACGAACCGCUCGCCCUCCCCGGGGUCGGCCCCGCCACCCGAGGGGAGCGGGAGAUGUCCCGCCGCUCGGAAGCCCGGGAGCGGGAGGCGGCCGUGCGGGAGCAGUGGGCUGAGCGGGAGCGUGAGAUGGAGCGCCGGGAGCGGACGCGGGCGGAGAGGGAGUGGGACCGCGACAAGGUGCGGGAGGGGCCGCGCUCUCGCUCCCGCUCCCGGGAGAGGCGCCGCAAGGAGCGGCCCAAGUCGAAGGAGAAGAAAGCAGAGAAAAAGGAAAAGGCCCAGGAGGAGCCCCCUGCCAAGCUGCUGGAUGACCUUUUCCGCAAAACCAAGGCAGCUCCCUGCAUUUACUGGCUUCCCCUCACCGACACCCAGUAUGUCCAGAAGCAGGUCGAGCAAGCCGCCAGAGCCCGGGAGCGCGAGCGCCGGCGCAAGGAGCGGGAAGCGGAGGAGGCCCGCCAGGAAGAACGCAGCCGCCAGGCCGAGCGAGAGAAGAGGCGGGAGCACAGCCGAGAACGGGAGCGUGAGCGGCCCAACGCCUCGGGAGGAGGCCGGGCCAGCCGGGGAGGCGAGCGCAGCAGUGGCCGGGAGCGCGAGCGGCGCGAGGCCAAGGCCCGGCACAGCCGAAGCCGGAGUCACAGCACGCCUGUACAGGACAGGGGGGGGCGCCGCUGAGCUAUUCUGACAUCUUUACG